UAUACUUAUCAGUCGAAAAAGUUAAAGUGGGAGAAAGCUGGUUGAGAUGCCAAACUCAAACAAGCAGUUGAUGUUAUCAAUCACACAAAAUUCUUGAUGCAAAUUAUUAGUUUCUCUUCCAAGUCCAAUGGGUUUUUUUUGUUCUAUUUUUCUGGUGGUUGUUUCUCUUAUAACAUCAUGUGUGGUUAGCCAACUUGAAGAAUUUAUCAGUAUUGAUUGUGGAGGGACUAGUAACUACACUGAUAAAAGCACAGGCCUUGCAUGGAUUUCAGACUCUGGGAUCAUGCAAUAUGGCAAGCCAGUGGAAGUUCAAAAUCCUAAUGGAAACAAGGUUCAGUAUCAGAGACGAAGAGACUUUCCUAUAGAUAAUAGGAAGUACUGUUAUACACUUAGCACUGAGGAGAGAAGAAGGUAUCUGGUAAGAGCAACGUUUCAAUAUGGAAGCUUGGAUGAUGGAGACACAUACCCUCAGUUUCAGCUCUACUUGGAUGCAACUAAAUGGGCUACUGUGUCAAUAUAUGAUGCUUCAAGAAUAUAUGUGAAGGAAAUGAUCUUCAGGGCACCCUCAAACUCUUUUGAUGUUUGCCUGUGCUGUGCUACAACUGGUUCUCCCUUCAUAUCUACCCUUGAGUUGAGGCCCUUGAAUCUUUCUAUGUAUGCCACGGAUUUUGAGAGCAGUUUCUUCUUGAAAGUGGCUGCAAGAAUCAACUUUGGUGCUCCAAGUGAGGAUGCUGUGAGGUAUCCUGAUGAUCCAUAUGAUAGAAUUUGGGAGUCUGAUCUUAUAAAGAGACAAAAUUAUCUUGUUGGGGUGGCUCCAGGCACAGAAAGAAUCAACACAACAAAGAACAUAGAAAUAGAGACAAGAGAAUAUCCACCUGUUAAAGUGAUGCAAACUGCAGUUGUUGGCACAAAAGGAGUACUUAGCUAUAGACUAAACCUAGAAGACUUCCCUAGCAAUGCUAGAGCUUAUGCAUAUUUUGCUGAGAUUGAAGAUCUGGACAAGAAUGAGACUAGAAAAUUCAAGUUGGAGCAACCUUACAUAGCUGACUAUAGCAAUGCAGUGGUGAACAUUGCUGAGAAUGCCAAUGGGAGCUACACUCUUUAUGAACCAAGUUACAUGAAUGUGAGUCUGGAAUUUGUUCUUUCAUUCUCCUUCGUUAAGACCCGGGAUUCUACAAGAGGACCUCUUCUAAAUGCAAUGGAAAUAAGCAAAUAUGUACAAAUUGCUUCAAAGACCGACAAGCAAGAUUCAAAUUUUGUAAAUGCACUUCGCUUCUUGUCUCCUGACAGUGUCCUGAAGAAUGAAGGUGACCCCUGUGUUCCUACUCCCUGGGAGUGGAUAAACUGUAGUACCACUACACCUCCAAGAAUUACAAAGAUAAACCUGUCAAGAAGGAAUCUGAAGGGUGAAAUACCACAGGAACUCAACAACAUGGAAGCAUUGACAGAACUGUGGUUAGAUGGAAACUUGCUUACAGGACAACUUCCUGACAUGAGCAAUCUUGUCAAUUUAAAGAUUGUGCAUCUAGAGAACAACAAAUUGACUGGUCCACUACCAUCUUACUUGGGUAGUUUACCAAGUUUACAAGCACUGUUCAUACAGAAUAACUCAUUUACUGGGGAAAUACCUGCAGGAUUAUUGUCUGGAAAAAUAAUUUUCAAAUUUGAUGAUAAUCUUGAACUGCAUAGAGGGAACAAGAAACAUUUUCAUUUGAUGCUAGGAAUUUCUGUUGGAGUACUAGUGAUUCUAUUAAUAUUGUUCUUAACAAGUUUGGUGCUAUUGCUUAAUCUACGGAGAAAGACAUCUCAACAAAAACGUGAUGAACAAGGUAUUUCUGGACGCAGCAGCACUAAACCUUUAACUGGAUACUCAUUUGGUCGAGGUGGGAAUUUAAUGGAUGAAGGUACUGCUUACUACAUUACACUCUCAGAGUUGAAGGAAGCUACUAAUAAUUUUUCAAAGAAAAUUGGCAAAGGAAGCUUUGGAUCUGUCUUCUAUGGGAAAAUGAGAGAUGGAAAAGAGGUGGCAGUUAAGACUAUGACUGAUCCAUCCAGCCAUGGGAACCAACAAUUUGUAAAUGAGGUAGCCCUUUUGUCAAGAAUUCAUCACAGAAACUUGGUUCCUCUGAUUGGAUAUUGUGAAGAAGAAUACCAACAUAUUCUGGUUUAUGAGUACAUGCACAACGGCACUUUAAGGGAAUACAUUCAUGAGUGUUCAAGUCAGAAGCAAUUAGAUUGGUUAGCUCGGCUUCGUAUUGCAGAAGAUGCAGCUAAGGGUCUUGAAUAUUUACACACAGGAUGCAAUCCUAGUAUCAUUCACCGGGAUGUGAAAACAAGCAAUAUUCUCCUAGACAUCAAUAUGAGAGCAAAAGUGUCGGAUUUUGGACUCUCAAGACUAGCUGAAGAAGAUUUAACUCACAUAUCAAGUGUUGCAAGGGGAACUGUGGGUUACCUAGAUCCUGAAUACUAUGCAAAUCAACAACUGACUGAAAAGAGUGAUGUGUACAGUUUUGGAGUUGUUCUGCUGGAACUGAUAUCUGGAAAAAAGCCUGUAUCAUCAGAAGAUUAUGGUCCUGAGAUGAAUAUCGUUCACUGGGCAAGAUCCUUAAUUCGUAAAGGAGAUGUGAUAAGCAUAAUGGAUCCUUCCCUUGUUGGGAAUGUGAAAACUGAGUCAGUUUGGAGGGUUGCAGAAAUUGCCAUGCAAUGUGUAGAGCAACAUGGUGCCUCCAGGCCAAGGAUGCAAGAAGUCAUUUUGGCCAUUCAAGAUGCUUCAAAGAUUGAAAAAGGGUCAGAAAGUCAACUAAAGUUUUCUUCAUCAUCUUCUAGUAGUUCUUAUCAGGAUUCUCUCAAAGUACUGGAGGCUGAUAUUCAACACGCCAAUGCUUUGGCUGCUGCAAUUCCCAGAACCAAGGGUGGGACUCUUGUUCAAAUGAAAUUGGUUUACAAUCAACUUGCUCCUCUCUUCCUACUAUUUCUACAAUGGAUGGAUUGUUCUUGUGCAGGCUUUCUGCAUCGGUAUCUCAAUCUCUUCCACGUACUUAUAUACAAGGUACACAAUGAUGGUAGAUCAAACAUGUCCACUCACGGAAGGAAGGCUACCAUUGGGGACUUUUAUGCUGUUAUAUUGCCAUCUCUUCAGCGGCUUCAUGGUAGUUUUGAGAAGUUGGAGGAUUGUGAAGAAGGGCACUCAAGCAUGGAAGGUUCAAGUUAUGGCAAGAAGGUGAUUGAAGGUGGGAAACUAACCAAUCUUGAUUUCCAAAGAGAAGAUGAAUGUGGGAUUUGCUUAGAGCCUUGCACCAAAAUGGUUUUACCUAAUUGCUGUCAUGCCAUGUGUAUUAAAUGCUACCGCAAGUGGAACAGAAAAUCUGAAUCUUGUCCUUUUUGCCGCGGUAACUUAAGAAGAGUUAAUUCGGAGGAUCUAUGGGUACUAACUUGUAAUGAUGAUGUUGUUGAUGCUGAAACAGUUUCUAAGGAGGACUUGUUGCGUUUUUACCUCUAUAUCAACAAGCUACCUAAAGAUCACCCAGAUGCACUUUUCCUAAUGUAUUAUGAAUAUCUGAUUUAAUUUUUUUACUAAAUAAGAAAAAAAAUGUACAGGUAGGAAAUUCCGGACUGCAAAUGUGAAUAGAGUCUGGUAAAAAAAGAAAAUUACUCUGGUCAUUUCAUCACAGCUUUGGUAUGAGAGAUUUCUGGAAUUUUAGCCCAGAAAAACUAUCUUUUUACUCCUGUGAUAGUAUCUCCAUUGUAGACAUUGAUCUUGCAAUUAAUGUGGAAUUCCUUGUAUAAGGAUCCAUUAAGCUAAAUCUUCUUGUAUUGUACUUGU